AUGAAGCUCAAUUUAUUUGGCACCACCGUAAUUCUGCUCGUUGCCUUCUUACCGCGCUACGAAUGUCGGGCUAUUGAGAGCCCUGGCGGUACCUUGCGCGUCCCAGCUCCCCAAACCCAAAACUCCCAACAGCAGCAGUCUGGUCCCAUUCUGGAGCGCCUUGGGGAGGAGUAUUUCAUCCGACUGGGAAACGGGGACUCUAACUCUUUCCCAUCUGCGUCCAUGUAUCCCGGCGGAUCCUCUGCCAUCUACAACAGAGCGCUCCAACUCCAGCUGACGCGGCGUCUUCUACAGGGGAAAGUUGGAAACAUCAGGGCGCUCAUCAGCGGCUUUGGCGAUCGCGGGGACGACUCGAUGGAAAGGGGAAGGAGGUCCGAGGACCCGCCGAUAUCCCUGGAUCUGACCUUCCACCUUCUCCGGGAGAUGAUGGAGAUGUCCAAAGCGGAACAGCUUGCCCAGCAGGCGCAAAAUAACAGAAGAAUGAUGGAGCUCUUUGGAAAAUGA